UUACAAAAAGAAAUAGUAAUAAUAAGACAUCAACUUCCACUGUCAUCUCUCUUUAAGCUGCUCCAAAUAUUCUUACAUCAGAGGAUUUGCUAUCAAUAUCUCUCCAUAUAUAUAUUCUCUCUUUCUCCCUCUACCCCUUCCCUCAAAUCCAUUGCUUUUGAUUUAAUCUGUAGGAGUGUAAUAGCCAAGAAAGAUAUAGAAAAGAAACAGAGGAUUGAGAUAGAGAGGAGGAGGAAAAAAGCUUCUUCUUCUUCUUUAUUUAAGAAAAAAUGAACAGAAAAACCUCCUCUUUUGUUUCGAUUGUAAUCAUUUAUCGUCUCAGAUCUUAAAUUUCUUCCCAUUUUAUCAUCUGGGUCAUUUACAAGAUGGAUUCUUGGGUUGUUUUCUGAUUGGUGCAUGAAGUUUCCAGAUGAUUCUAGAUUGGAUUCCACAAUCAUCAACUCUGUUUUUGAUCAGAUUCUGUUUGUAAUUCAAAAAGAUAAGAUGGAAUCAGAUCUUGGUAAACUCUUCAUUGGUGGGAUAUCUUGGGACACCGAUGAGGAACGUCUCAAGGAGUAUUUCGGGAAAUUUGGAGAAGUGGUGGAGGCAAUUAUCAUGAGAGACCGAUUUACAGGUCGUGCCCGUGGUUUCGGUUUCAUUGUCUUUGCUGAUCCUGCUGUUGCUGAGAGAGUAAUUACUGAUAAACAUAUGAUCGAUGGUCGCAUGGUUGAGGCAAAGAAGGCUGUUCCUAGGGAUGAUCAGAACAUUUUAAACCGGAAUAUGAGUGGCAUCACUGGUUCUCAUGUUCCUGGACGCACCAAAAAGAUUUUUGUCGGAGGUUUAGCCUCAUCGGUCACCGAGAGUGACUUUAAGAACUACUUUGAUCAGUUUGGUACAAUUACAGAUGUUGUGGUGAUGUAUGAUCAUAAUACACAAAGGCCAAGAGGAUUUGGCUUCAUCACUUAUGAUUCAGAGGAAGCAGUAGAUAGAGUUCUGCACAAAACAUUUCAUGAACUCAAAGGGAAAUUGGUGGAGGUCAAGAGGGCAGUUCCUAAAGAACUAUCACCUGGCCCCACCCGCAACCCUGUGAUUGGAUAUAAUUAUGGUUUGAGUAGGGUUGCCAAUUUCCUCAAUAGUUAUGCUCAGGGAUAUAAUCGUAGCCCACUUUCGGACUUUGGUGUUAGGAUGGAUGGUAGCUUUAAUCCUCUUCCUACUGUUCGUAGCGGAUUUCCUCAAUUUAGUACCACUGGAUAUGGAUUAGGUAUGGAUAUGGAUCCGGGAAUGAGCCCAGACUAUGGUGGGAGUUCCAACUUUGGCAAUAGUCUAGGAUAUGGGCGGAUAAUUAGCCCCUAUUAUGGUGGGAUUUCGAACAGGUAUAACACUCCUAUUGGAUAUGGUGUUGGAAGUGGAAGUGGAAGAAACGAUUCUAAUUCUGCUACUCGGGAUAUCUGGGGAAAUGGAGGCCUUACAAAUGCCACAAACGCUUCCGACCCUAGUGGUUUCUUGGGGACUGGAAGGGGGAGUGUUGGUCCUUUAGGAAGUAGUGGGGGUAAUUGGAGUGCUGCUGCUUCUGUGCAAAGUGGAGGCAAUGCUUCUGGCUAUACCGGUGGGACUGCCGGUUACGGGAGUACUGAUGACAACCACGGUUUAGGAGGGGGAGGAUACGGAAGAAACAGUGGCACUGUUGCUGCUCCGACAUCAUCUUUUUCUGGACCAACCGGUAAUUUUAAGGGGUCUUAUGGGGAUCUUUACCAUAGUGGUUCAGUUUAUGGUGAUUCAGCUUGGCAGUCCACAGCUCCCGACUUGGAUGGUCCUAGCUCGUUCAGUUACGGGCUUGGCAACGUUUCCUCAAAUGUUACUGCAAUAUCCUCCGAGGAUUAUGCUGGAAGUUACAGUGUUGCAAGUAGACAGUCCAAUAGAGGAAUCGCUGCCUAGACUAUCUGUUAUUCGGGCAUAAGAAGUUAUGAUGUAGGGUGAAUAGAUUUGCAAAAAGGGGCCAAGGAUUUGCGAAUUGGAUACAACUGUCAUUUUACAAUGUCAGCUUGCAAGGAAAUUGAACUUAUGACACUAAUGAGGGUUAUUGAUUUGAAAUAUACACAUUCAGAGCGAGCAGUUACAGGAGGUUUUCCGUAAGGUUUGAUAUUUGAUUCGUUUUUAUUUUGUUUUCUUGGCAUUCAAGUGAGAUGUACAAUCAGAUUGCGGGAUAUAUAUACUCCGGAAGAUCGGGUUCCAACUAAUGUACCGGACAUCUUCAGCGGUACAUCAAACCAUAGGGUAUUUAUUUUUCCCAUCUUUCUUUUUAAAUUUGUAAUGCCCUGGAAGAGUUGCUGGUUCUUUGUCAGAUUAUAUGGGAUUGUUUUUCUCUCAGAUUGUUUACUAGUGUGAAACAUUAGAGGGAUAUCGAGUUUUCCCUAUAAAAUAACAAAACAUUCUGUUUCGAUACA